GUUUCCUUUUACCUUCACGUUAUUCUACUUUUCAGUGUUGAAUUCGUUUGAAAUCUGAACAUUUUUUUUAAAGGAAGCUAUCCCCGUUGUGAAGAAAGCCUUGAACUUCAUUGUUGCUCAAUCUAAGGGCAAACCGAUACCUGGUUUUGCCCAUCCAAAAGCAUUGCAACCGCUUCUACCAAUGCUCAGAGAAGCAAUACUACAAGGCGGAGUUGAACUGAAGGCAUUGGCUGGAGAAGCUCUCGGUCAGAUGGUGUCUGUAUCUGAUGUGUCGGCUCUGAAGGCUCAUGUGGUUAAUAUAACUGGGCCAUUAGUUCGGGUUCUCGGAGACCGUUAUCCGGCUAAUGUGAAAUUGGCAGUUCUCGAGACGCUCAGCAAACUUCUCGACAAGGUCGACACACUACUUCGUCCUUUCCUCCCUCAACUGCAGUCCACAUUCCUGAAAGCUUUACAAGAUCCAACGUCGCGACCUGUACGACUUGUGGCUGGGGGUGCUUUGGCUCGCUUGUUACGCAUUCAUUUGAAACCAGAGCCUCUCGUCACUGAAAUUCUGAAAAUGCUAGCUCAUUCUCAGGAUCAAGCGCUGCUAGUUGGCUCAGAAGUUGAUGUGCCACUAGAUACACCAACUGAGCUCGACACAUCGCUCACUGUAUGCAGUGGAGCUUUGUAUGGGGAGCUAGCGAUAAGAACAAAGGAAUUCUGCUCAAAGAACAUUUUCCGAGCUUUCGACGGCUCCGUUUCCUUUCUUGAAUUGUUGGUUUUUGCAGAUGUAGAAAACUGCUCAAAGCCACGGGUACGCCAGGCGAUGGCCAUCGCACUGCAGCAGAUGUGUCAGACUGACUCGACCACGGUCUGGACAGAAGCGGAAAGCACGUGCCGAUCAGCUCUAAUGGCGGCAUUGAGCGCUGAAACCCCUGUUGCUUGCGCUGCUCUGCGUGCUGCGGCACACAUUCUUAUCUGUCAAACCCCGGGCGUUGAUCGAGAUUUGUUAGCCGCUGUGGGACGUUCACUUAGCCACCAGUCCGUUGAAGUGCGGCGAGUUGCUGCGGCUGUACUUGGUCAUGUGCUCCACUCCUCUACUGAGCAACUUGACAGCGAACUCCUGAAGUUAAUCGUCCCACACUUGGCGAAUGGUGCAAAAGAGAGCAACUCAGCUGUUCGGUCAGCGUCUGAGCUCGCGUUGGUGUACGGAUUCCACUUCGCUGACGGCCAGGAAGGAUUCAACGUUUGUUUUGAACAUUAUCAUUGUGUUUUCGAAUCUGCAAUUUUUUAA